GGGGAAGCCGAGGGGUGAGCGGCGGAGGCUGCGGGCAGGGGGCUGGUGCCGAGGCGCCUGCAGGCGGGCGGACUCCGGGCCCGCGCCGAGCCCCCGCCCGCCCCUGCCCCUGCCCCUGCCCCUGCCCCGCGCUGGCCGGCGCAGCGGCGGGACUGCGGCAGCCGGGCGGGAGAUGCCCCUGAGGAGCCUUCCCCGCGCGGCAGCGCUGCGGCAGCGCCUCUGAAGCCAGCUCCGGCCGCGGGGCGGGGAGCAGUGGAUCUCCCGGGCCGCCCCGCUCCCUCCUGCCCUCCCGCUCGGGCCGGGGCCGCUCGCGCCUGCUCCGGGGCCCCCAUUUUUGACCUUUGUCUCCGCCGAGAGCGCUGCUCCCGCCGCCCGCCCGCCCGCGCCCGCGCACAUCUGCUGCCGGCCCCCCGCCGCUGCAUAGCUGCAUGCCCGCCGCCGUCUCCGCACAUCUGGAGUCGCUGGAGUCUCGGGCCUUCCAUGCGCUGCGGGUGCUGCCCUAUAUGUUUUACGUGGGCUUGUUCUUUGUCAACGUGCUGAUCCUGUACUAUGCGUUUCUCAUGGAGUACAUCGUCCUCAACGUAGGCAUCGUCUUCCUGCCCGAGGACAUGGACCAGGCGCUGGUGGAGCUGGGCGUGCUGUCGGACCCCGGCUCCGUGCUCUACGACACGGACAGCGAGCUGGACGUCUUCGAUGGCUACCUGGAGUAAGCGGCCCCGGCCCCGGCCGCUGCUCGCCGGGGCUGGGGCGGGGGCCGGCCAGAGGCGGCCCCGCCAGCACUGUAAGUCCGCUCGGGCAGCUCGGCCCCUGCUGGAAGCCGCGGCCGCUUGUCCCGCCCCUGCUUGCCGCGCUGCGGGCCCGGCGGACGCGUGCGGGGGCGGCAUCCCGCAUCGCCCUGCGCCCCGCGGGGGCUGUUGCGGAGCGGCCCGGGACGGCUGCUCUCAGGUGCUUCCAGCCCGGCCUCAACCGCGGGCCGCGGCGCUGCCUGCUCCGCCCUGCACCUCGGGGCCGCGCUGGGAGCAGGGCCGAGCGCCUCGCCACGGGUCGGCCCGUCCGUGCCCGGACCGCGCCGCGCAGCGCCGGGGGCGCCGCAGUCACGCGCCGCUUCUCGGUUCAGCCCCGUCCCCCGCACCCAGUUGCGCAGACCGAGGGGCCGCUUCUCAGAGCCCUGCGGCUCCCGGGCUCUUAUUUGACAGCUGGCAGGUGCUGAGCAGCUGCGUGAAUCAAAUCCUAAAACUGCCUGGACUCUGGCCUGAAUCAGAACUGUGGUCUCAACCUGCUGCAUUGCUCUGUCAAAAGGCCGAGACCCCCUAUGCCUGUUUGGAGUGGGAACCUUUUUUAAAAAUAGGGAACAUUGAAACCUACCAGAUUUACUUUUCUCUUCCACUAUUGCAACCAGGUUAGCCAGCAGCAGUGGGGUUGGGUGGGCUGCAAAUUGUGGGCUUCCGAUUUUAUGUUAAACUAAACAAUUGAAAAAUGCUCUAAGCAGAAUUCUGAGCCGUUAACUCUAAAAAAUGGAAACCUGAUUAGUCCAGAGAAAUACUAUUUUCAUACACGGAUGCAUGCUUGGUCAUGCUUGGGCAGCCAAGUAUAUUAAUAAAAAUACUGACAGCUUGAUUACAAGCAUGUUAUAAAAUGGACUCAGAGAGUUUUUAGCUAAAGAAUAUUGAACGUACAGAUGCAAAAUAAAUGCUAGCACCUCUUUCCAGAAAUAUCUUUGUAUGUUGCAUUUACAGAGUUGAAAGGGAGAUGCUGCUAUUUUUCUCCAAAUGGCUACACAAUUACAUUAAACAUAGCAGCUAUGAAGGAAUGGGAUCCCAGCUGUCCCACAGCAGCUGGCUUUUGCGAACAAUUUACAGAUUAAAAAACUUCCUCGCAGUUUUGUCCCUUCUCAAAGUGGUAAUUAGACUUUGCUGCUGAGCACUGAGUGGUGAACCACCUAAAAUUGUCCCCUAUCACACUAGGGAAACUGAGGGUCCUCAGCUACCAGACCUCUAAAGAAAAUUCAAGUGCAGGAUUGGUGGGUCAGUGGAUGGCCUAGUAAAUCGGUUCUAAACCAAGUGUUGCUAACCAGUCAGAGUAAUUAAGAACUGAGCCUUGGUAAGGGCUCAGCUCUCUCAGUUAUAUAGGAAACAGUCCUAUCAGAUCUCCCCUCCCCUCCCUCCCCCCGGCAGGUAGUUGUAGUCUGAUCUUUGGGGUAACUCUCUGGAAUAAUUCUUUGGGGUAACUCUUUUGGGGUUAACUUCGGGGUAACUCUUUGGGGUAACUCUUUUGAAUCAGAAUACAACUACCCCGCAGGUAGUUGUAUUCUGAUCUUUGGGGUAACGCUAUAUUGACUUUUUAUGUUUCCCUCUUGUGAUUAAAUUGUAGAAAUUGUUUCCGUUAUUCUUCUAGAACCCAUAUAAAUUUGAAGUAACUGCUCUGUUUCAAUGGAUAGCUGCUCGCACUUAAGCAGCAAACGGGCAACUCCUUUGUAUACAAGGUAAACUUAUCUUAGGACACAUCUACGCGAGAUUUUUACUGCGCAGUUGACUAAUUAGCUGCACUAAACAUCUUGUGUCUACGUGUGCACCCCUAUUAGUUAGUAGAUUAACUCUGUAGCAGGGUUGUGCGAAGCGGGCCCUAUUUGAUUCGGAUUCAGAUUCGGCCCCAGUCAGGGACAGUGAUUCCAUUCGUUGAUUCACAUCACUGUCCCUGAUUCAAUUCGGCCGAAUCCAAAUCUGGAGAUUCAAUGCUGAUUCAGAGAAUCAGCAAUUCGGACAUAUACACAGCUUUAAAUGUUUUUUCUACAUACCUCGAGGUACCAGCGUGGCUCGUGAACGCUGAGAUGCUGGGGUGCAUGGAGCAUUCCACAGGAGUUCAGGGGGGCUCUCCACAUGCUCGACGGCGAACCCGGAAGUGGACCGGAAGUACUUCUGGUCCACUUGCAGGUCUGCUGGGGAGCACCCCUCUGCUGGGGAGCACCACCCCCCCCACACCUCCCUGGCUUGGCAAUCAGCCACAAGGGGACCCUGGGUGGCCCCCCAGACCCAGGAGGCACCAGUUGUCAAGCCAGAGGAUGCAGGGGGGCCCCCCAGCAUGCUCCCCAGCAGACCCAGAAGUGGACCAGAAGUGCUUCUGCUCCACUUCCGGGUCUGCUGUCAAGCACGCUGGGGAGCUCCCCUGCGCUCCUGUGGGAUGCUCCAUAUGCCCCAGCAUUGCAGCGUUCACAAGCCACCUCCUACCUAGAGGUAGGUAGAAAAAACAUUUAAAGCUGUGUCUAUGUCCAAAUCUUUCUGAAUCUCUCCGAAUCAAUUUAGAUGGUUCCGAUCUGAUUCAGAGAGAUUAAAGGGUCCUCUGAUUCAAUUCAGAUUCAGAGAUUCAGCCACCAAAUCAGGCCAAAUCUCCACCGAAUCAAAUCGCGGACUGAAGCUUUGCGCAGCCGUACUUGUAAGUACUUGUAAGUACAAGUACUAUCCUGCUGCAGAGUUUUUUUACUCAAUAGCAGUGCAUGUGUAGACGCUGCCCCUGCUGGCUGGGGCAUGAGGGCACUUCAGUGCAGAGGCCAGCUAGCUUCACACUGAAACACCCUCAUGCCCCAGUCAGCCCCUGGGUUCCCUGCCAGCCAGAGCUGCUCCAACUUGGCUCAACAUAUUACGCACCUAGGAGCACCAAACUGGAGCAGUAGGCUCUGGAGUUUAUUCAUGCACACUAAUUGCACUUGUAGACACAUCCUAAGAUUUAUAUAUACACAACUGAAGUCCACAGAAGUUAUUCACACACAGUAAAACAGAAUUUGGUCAACCAGCUAAAAGAUGCUUUGGUGAUGAUGCUUCUCCCACCCUCCCCAAUAGUUAAGUAUACUCACCCUGGAUAUUGGAUAGCCGGAGUUGCUGUUCUCCUGAGCAGAAAGGGGUUUCAAUCUGGAUCUCCAACAUCUCAGGGGAGACAUUCAUGAAUAACUCACUGAGAUUAAAAUAUUUUAAGCAUAAUGCAGAGCUGAGACAGUCAGUCUAAAACGGCAGGUGACAAGAGCAAGCUCAAUUUUGUUCAAUUUUCUUGACAGGUUUCUCCAUUUAAAUAACGCUGGAAGUGUUUUCAAAGUGCUAUGCAUCCCAAACCCUGCCACAAGUCGAGAUGAAUAUUCCAGACGGUUUCUUCUUGCAGCCACAGUACUGUCAAGCGCCUGACCAAAUAUUACCAUAAGCAACUACAUUUUUGUUGGGCUUGAUCUCCUUGGUUUUCAAGCUGUUGCUUUAAGGGCCCCAGUUCUGCAGGCAAUAAAAGUACAUAACUGAAGCUAAUGGGAGAUUUGCACAUACCUUGAAUUUGGUAGCCCUAACACAAGACAAUUAGGUGUGGUGACAGAGGGGUUAUGCUAUCUUGCCAUUGCUCCAGGGAUGCAAGUUCGAGCCUUACUCUGCACUCUUACAAAGGCUGCCUCCAGUUGACUCAGUUGUAACUGGGUGUCUGGCUCAUUCAGGCCGAGUCAUGAAAGGUGGUUGGAUGUGAUGCUAGCUACAUUACCCCCUUGUGUGCUGCUGACUACAGAAACUAUUGCAUCUCAAAUGUACUAACCCAGUGGGCUGUUGGACUCAUGUAGACCUUUGACUUGAAUGUCCAGGUACUCUCCCACUUGAAAAUACUUAGCUAGAGAAAAAAUGCUAAUUGUUCUUCUUCACCUCUUUUUUCAUGUAUCCAUAUUAAAUGAUCAGGGUUUAGGGUUCCAAACUUUACUGAAUAUUAUUUAACCACUUGGAACAGGCUCUAGCUGUUCUCAUGCAAAUUUUAAGCUUAGGCACUUAAAACUGUAUAUUCAAUUUAUGGAGUCAUGCAUCUGAAAGCUGAAAGUGUUAGUGCUGAGCAUCACAAUACUUGUUGGAGAGUAUGUCCUAAGUGACUUGAAAACUACUCAAGGUUUGAGUUGAGUCAGAGUUGCUGGUAGAAUGAUAAAUUCUUGGGAUUAAUUCUGGCUUUGUUGAAGGGCAUGGGAAUUUUGCAAUCAUUUUCAGUGGGAGACAGAACAAGCACAUUCUGAUCAGCACAUAUUCUGGUUUCAGGUUUUCCUCUGACUGAAGUCUUCUGUCUUACAAAUUACCUUCAAGAAGGUCUCUAAUUACUUCAAAUGAAUCUCAAUCCCAGAUGAAUCCCCAUGCCAGGGCUCAGGGGUCCUCCUUUCUGUAAAAGGAGGACUCUGUAGGAUCCCCACUAAAGCUAGUCAGUUCUUUGAGUUGAUUGAGCCACUUGAAGGGCUAUAAUAAGUUAAGUAGUGGUGAAACAAAAUGUAUUAUAUAUAGAAAACUUAGCGUUUGUUUCCAUCAUCUCUUUGCUCUAGAUAGAAAUUAAUUGGUGACUAGUAUUCUUUUAAAGUGAUGCUAUAUGUAAAUUCUGGUUUUCUUAGCAAUGAUCUAGAUGGGGGUGGGAAAAGGGGCAACCUGCAACACGGGUGCCACAAGUGGCAGAGGAAGCCGCUGUGUGUGAUGGCAGAUUGGGGAGGGGAUGGCAGCACCAUGGCAGAUACAGCAAGGAGCAGAAAGAGCAACAGAUGAGACAAGGAGCACAGGGAAGGAAGCAGAAAGCUAAGCAGCAGAUUGGGUAGGGAAGAGGGAUUGGAGUGACACUUGGAGAGGGCACCAGGCUAACUUGUGGCAUGCCUACCAUAAAGAUUGGCCGCAACUGGUCCAGACAGGAGAAAAUCUUUUGCAUACAUCACUUUAUCAGGAUACUUUAUAAGGUUGUUUCCUAUGGAAUGAAUUAAGCAGAAUGUUAGAUCAUAGUUAUACCUUUCUGGGUAUAUCUUUCUUUGACCUAAGGCCCUAGAUGUAUCUACAAACCCAUCGCAUUCCCUAAGAUUGGCCAAAAGCAACUUCCUGCAACUAACUUUGGUGCGCCAAGUUCACUUGGCAAAAAACAUCUGGAGGGUAGUUCUUGGCAGUCGCUCCUCAACUUUGGAACUUCUUUCCCCUUGAGGCCCACCAGAGCCCAAGCUUGGACAUCUGGAAAUGCUGUAAGACCUUCUUAAAUGGACAGACAUUUAGCAAGCCAGGCUAGGCUGGGGUACUAUCUAAGGAGAUUAUAUUUUACAUUCAUUCCAUUUGCUUUUACAUGCUAUUUCUAUCUUGUACUGUAAAUUGCCCUGAGCCUUUUCAGGAAGGACAGUAUAUACAAUAGAUAAGUACAUAGUAUAAUUUUCACUUAAUGGAUAUGUAUCAAAUCUGUACCAUGUGGUUAAAAGGUACUUAGUAGAAUGUGCCAUUUGAAACCCUGGUCAGAUAAUACAAGCAUACAAAAUAAAAAGGUGUUUAUAUUCAUCUCUUUAUGUGCUACUUUAUAUGUAUUUUGAGAUAUAUACUCAAGUGGGAGGAGUUGAUUAUUAAGGCUUCCAAAUUUGUGACAUGAUCUGCAGCAACUCUUGAAACUCAUUAGCUUCAGUGGGAGUUGCAUACUGUUAUAGGCUGCAGAACUAGGGUCUUAGAGGAUUUUACUAGCUUUGAAUUACAUGGAAAUUCUACUUGUGGGAAGGUUUCACAAGUUAUAGCACCAAACAGCUUGAAAAUGCUUCCAUACCUGUUUAAUUAAGAAACCUGCCUGUGCAAAUUGAACAGAAUUGGGUUUGCUAUUUUAGAUUAUGUGUCUAGGCUCUGUGCUGUGCUAGAAGAUUUGUAGGCUUGCUUUUUUCCUUGGACCUGCCUGAAAAUUAGGUAUAGACUAAAUAUGGGAUACUGUAAUCAGUAAAACCCUUGAAUAGAAGAAUGUAUUUACUUAAUUCCUUUUAUACAGAGCACUGUCAUAAAUAAGACGAUUUAAUUGUAGUGAAUUAUUGCAAAUUUCUUUUAUGAGCAGAGUCCUAAAUUAAAUAGCUUGUGAGUCAGCAUUUUUGCUGCAUGCCAGCAUUUUAAUCCCAAAUCAGAGUGAAAGGAAUAAUUUAGAAUUAUGAAGGUUAGUGCUACAAUCAUUAGUACCAAGACAACAUUAAAUUUGCAACAGAAAAUAUUUCUCAUUCAGUACAUACAGGUAUCAGUUAAAGACUUUUUCAUAAUGUCACUAGUUUGUAGGAAAUGAUUGUAGUCUGAGUUCUAUUGCACAUGGUCACGGACUCGGUACUUAUCUGUAAACUGGGGCCUGCAUUGUUUUUUCACUUUUUCACAAGUUAUCCACCCGAGAUCCUGCUAAAAGAUUAAGCAUUAUGUUAAACAUAUCAUUAAAACCCCACCAUCUAGUGCAGGUCAAGAGGCCUAAAAACCUGACCCCAUCAAAAUUAAACUUCCAAACUGGUAGGAAACACACUCCUCACAGCCUAAAAGUGCAGGGGUUUAUCUCAUCAAGAGAAGGAAAAACAAUCAUGGCUCCUUUAGAGCUACCCUCACCAAGGUUGGCUGCCUGGAGGCCAGAGAUUAUUGCAAGCGGUGUGGGUGGGGGUACAACUUCCCUAUUUGUACAGGGAAUGUGCAGUAUUCGUUCCUACCACCACCAGUGGAACAGGGUUUAUCAUAAGUGAUUGGUGCCUCCUGAGUCUGGGGGGCACCUGCAGAAGCCGGCAUUGGCAGUGGUGGCAGGGACGGGGCUUGCAAGCACCUGCAGAAGCUGCUGGCAGCAGCAGGGAUGGUGCUGGCGAGCACCCACAGAAGCCAGCAGCGGCAUUCAUAGUGGGGACAGCCCUGUCGGGGGGGGGGGCACGUGACCCCCGUGCUCCCUUUACCAGUUGCCUAGGGCGUUUAUGACCAGAAUGCAGGAUUACUCUACCUUACUUUUUCCUUUAGGCCUAGGAAGGAUUUUUCCUCUUAUCACAGGCCUUCUUUCCCCUCUCCCCCACCCCUCCUUUCUUUCCCCACAACUGGUUGCGUAUGUUAGGAUCAAAUUGUCACUGCUUAGCAGGCUCAUAGUUCAGAUGCUUGUUCCAUUGAGGGAUCCAGUUCCCAAAUAUACUAGAUCUGGAAGUAUACUUAGGGGAAGAUAUCUUCUAAGGAAGCAAUGGCCCCUAAUGUCUGGUACAGCUGAGAGACAAUCCUAUUUGCUCAUCACCUUGGAUCCAGGGUAAGAUGGAAGAGACCUGGCAACACAGCCCCUGGCCCCGCCUGUAACUCCCAAAGUCUGAAGAGAAAUCCAGUCUGUCUCCCCCUUCACACCCCUCCAAUAUACCAGAAACCUGCCAACACCAACCUUAGGAUCUUCAGUUGAAAAAAACCACUAAGCCCAAUGUGCUAUAGGACGAAAGCCAGAGAAACCAAGCGUCCUGCCUGUACUUCAGGGGAUUUGUCCAGGGGAAAUGCUUCACUGCAAUUACAGGGGAUUUGUUAGGGAAAACAUGUCCAGAUGAACCUAGGAAUGGACUGUGCUCAGUGCUACAGAGGAAAGCAAAGGCCUCCACAAUCUUAGAGUGACCUGGGAAAAAUUUCUUUCCUGACCCCACACCUGACUUGCUUUAGUUCUGAACAUGUAAGCGAGACACCAGCAAGGUACCAGAGAUGUUUUUCAGUACUACUACAUACAAACUGCAUGGGUGAUAUGUAAGAAAGGGGCUGUCAUUCAAGAAUUGUGCUCUAUAGCCACACUCUCAGGUGUCCAAUGAGCUGAUGCCUCUCUUGGCACAAAUCUAUUGUCUCAAGACAGACAGAACCAGUAGUAUAGUACAACCAGUGCCUCCCACAUAAUCUUGGAUAUUUCAGAGGAAGGCUACACAUCCCCACACCCGCAAGUCUAGUUACUCAUUCAAGGAAGAAUAAAAUUCUUCCUGACCCCUGGUAACAACUAGUGGAAGCCCAGAAGCAUUGGAUUAAUGGAUUACGUGUAAUAACAAUAUGAUCCAGGGAAUAUAUUAAGAUCUUAAGAGGAAGGAGAAUAAAUGGAAAGGAAUCUAAUCCAGAAAGGACAGGCAUAGCUACUCACCCUGGCCUUCCUGGAAUGAUAAAAAAUAAUGAUCUUCAGAGUGUGAUUCAUUAUUGGGUAGUGUUCCUAAAGGAGUUAAUGAAGUUACUACCUAAUUAAAGCUUAUUCUUGGCAUCCUGGCCUCCUUCAUAGUCAAGACAAAAUGCGAUCAGUAGAGUGGUGAACAGAGUAGGCAAGAUGUACCCAAAGCUUAAACACUUUCUCUCAAGAUUAUAUCAUGAAUUAGAAAGCACACAAAAGAAAGUUAUGCCCUCUAUGCUAUUCUGACUUGUGAGAAGCAGCAGUUUAAGAAACAAAAUUAGCAUGGAUUAUUUUAUUGGCAUUAUUAUUGCUUUAAAUGCUGGGGUUCUACUUUAGCAGCCAAAUAAUUCAACCCUUGCUGACAUUGCUGUAUAAAUGACUGCAUUUAUAGCAUCUUGAAAAGAUUUGGCUUCCUUUGUUUAAAUCAUAUAGAUUUAGUUUCAAAUUAAGUUCAUAGGAUAUAUUUUUUUUAAACAGUUGAGUGGGUAGACAAGAAUUUAAUGUGCUGAUCAACUAUAUCAUUCACAUACCAUUUAGUAUCUGCCACUGUAAAUUACUAGCUUGUUCUAGUAGCCUAUAACAAUAUUUCAAACAUUUUUUAGUCUUCCUUAUGCUAUACUCUGAAAGCCUAACUGCUUAGGCCCCAGUCAGACUGCCACACAACCCCCUCCCCCUAACAGCUGAUGGUCAGGGAAAAUCUAGCACUUCUCCACAGCCACCAAUCCCCGCCCCAUCCCACCCCCAGACCAGCCCCUGGGCUUUAAAUGUUGCCUUCCUUCUCUCCCCCAUGGGGCUGCUUUUGAAUUUCAGCAAUUGAAUAUUGAAUUCAACAGCUUGUCUAAGUUUAUCCCAACCAAGCAGUUUGUCCAGUAAGAGAUCUUGCCCACAAAAAUUCUUGCCCCACAUAUUUCCUGGAGCAUCCUGGAUACAACAUCACUCCGAAUACUACCUAAACUCCUGAUUAAAAUUGUUACUUCUUUUGUUCUUUGUUAUUAGUUAAGGCAAGUAGUAAAGUUGUAAGCAUUUGCAAUAGGGCUUUAUAAGAAGACUUUUCCCCUAAGGCUACGGUCAGACAUUCAAAAAGCCUGAACCUGAAUUGAUCCAAUAUUUGCAGGUUAGACUAACCUGGCUAGGCUGAAUUGGUUUGUAACUGAACAGACAUUUUCUCUGGACAGGAAAUUCAGGCACAUGGCUGCAGUGGUUCAAGCUAGAAGUCAGGGGGGUGCUAGAGCAGCCCUCCCAUCAUUCCACAGUGCUGAGCUGAAGGGGGACGUGGCCAGGACCUGGCAGGACCUCUGAUUAGGGAGGUCUGCCUGCACCAUCCCAGGCUUUCCCCUGCUUGCUGCUCAAGGGGCGGGAGCGUUACCAGCCCCCAGCCCCCUGCUAGUACUCUGAGGCAAGGGGGGUGUGCAGUGCAUGCAUCUGUUGGCCAUACGGAGCUUUUCAAUCUUCCUCCCUGCUUCUUUAUACUGUUUGCAACAAACUGACAGGCAAGCAAGCCAGCAGAGGGCUGAUAAGAGUGUUUAUCACCUCAUCAACAAAACAAUAGCCUCUCUCCAUUAGUUCAAACUCUUCUUAAAUAGCUUACCAGCUGACUCGAUUAACUGCAAAAGCCCUAAGGGGUCACUGUUCUGUCUGCCUGUCCCAGUGACAUUGGAGACACACACAGACACCUCUUGGAAUUAACCAACAUACCACAUGCCUUGGGUCCCUGGGACUGGGGUCUGUGCUGUGGGAAAUAGGGAGGGAGGGGGGAUCCGUGCUUGUCCAACAGGCAGUGAAGUAGGGGUAGAGCAGGGGAAAGCCACGGAGCUGCAGCCAGGGAGCAGAGGGGAGGGGCCAGCCCUGCUGUGGAGCAGAGAGCCCCGCCCAGCAGCAUCUCACCAGUUCAGCUGCAAAAGGCCUUUAGAAGAGGUGGUGAGAGGGUUUACACUUAGCUACGGUUAUGAAUCAUCCCUUAGUAUUCUUAAGGCACAUUCUCUUAACAAAGGUAAAUUAGAUGAGGCAGAAUGGUGCAUGGCUUAUAGAUCUUUGUAACCAAAACCCAGCAGCUUGUCCUGGAGAAUUAUUAGUCUCUAUAGCUGCUUAUUGGAAGGUCCAGUUCUUUAGGUCCAGCAGUAACUUUAUAAGAAAGAUACUGAAAUUAGAAGCUAUGUCAAAGUGUGGACAAUGUGCACAGUUAAUUCCUUAUGAUUAUACAAACAGUGAUGAAGAUCACAUGAAUCACAUCCAUUUAAAAUCGUUUACCCAUGACAACAGAUCAAAAUAUUUUUUUAAAUAAAGGGAAAAUUUAAUAAGAACAAGCUUAAUAAAAGACAGACUACUCUUCUGAAUCUCCUGACUGCAAUGGUUGGUCCAUAGAAACACCCCUUUGUAAUGAUGAGCCCCACUUCAUCUAAUAUAUUUGUGUGUGUAUGUGUGUGGACUUAUAGGAGACUUAUGUGUUGGAGUUAACUGUUGGUAGGCACCUUAGAGAAAGCAGAUCUGUAUUCUGACUUCUAGAAGGCAGAGUUGGGAGUUGAGCACCCAGUCACAAAGGUCUUUUCAUUCCCCUUCACAAGCAGUGAUGAAAAAUAGCACACUGAGGCCACCUGUCCGCACAAUGAAAGCCAAACUACUAAAGGAACCAGGGCUGGUUAUAGCUUCACUAUUAGAAUAGAAGCUAAAGGGUGGGAUUUAUUUUUUAACAGUUUGUGUUCAAAAAGGGCUGCCAACCUAAUAUUACAGUACAAACAAUAAUGACAAAUGCACAGGUGAGAACUUUGCCCAGCCUGUUACAGAGACAUAGUCCACACACGAUAGCGUAUGUAAACCAAAGCAAAGACAUUCACAAGGUUUCAUUUUAUUAACAAUGAAACAGUUAUACCAGUAAAUAUCAGUCCAUAUCUUCACCUUAUGCUUAACCUCUCUCUCAGUGCUCUUUUCUUUCAGGUAUGCUGUACCCAAACCUUAUGUCUUUAUAUCCAGAUGGUAGAAAUCACCUGCAUCCAGAGCCAUCCCUGAGAGGGUGUGAAUCGGGGCGACCACUCCGGGCCCCGCACUUUGCGGGGCUCUGCGGACAGUGCCGUACAGGCCCCAUUGCGGACGCCAGACGCUGCCACUGCUGAGCACUGCCGGUUGUGCCACCACUGAGAGCUGCCAGCUCCGGCCACUCGCCACUGCCUCCUAUCUCCUCCCCUCCCCCCGCUCCACUGGCUCCGGCCACUCACCACUGGGCCCUGCACACCCCUAGGGACGGCUCUGCAUCAGUGAGUCAGCAGAGCUCAUGUAACUAGAUUCUCAUCAAGAUAAACACCUGAUAAGAAGAUUUGUUGCACACUUGAGAACACGCUAGGACCAGAAUUGUGGAGCAAGUUGGGAAAAAGAAACUAUGGCCUGAAAUGUUCAAAACUGGAAGAAUAUACAGGAGGCAGCUUGGGUCGAUCUGAGGAGCUUGCAUCAGGAUGUUUUGUCUGUGACUUUUCCAUGACCACUGGAUGUGGGUGGAUACUCUAACUGCUAUGGUUUGCGUGUGGCACCAGACUUCCCUAAGGAACUCUAGAUGGACUUUAUGGACAUGUAUUAAAAUGGAUUCUCUUAUUACUAGAAACAAAGCUAUUACUUAGAUUUGAUAAACUUUUGAAUACUAUGUCACCCAAAUGGAAAAUCUCUAUUUACUGUUCAUGAAGUGUAAAAUACAUCACUUUACUGGCCAACAGUUCAGAGGGUCAGUUCUACCAUUGGCAUGUAUCCUGAAAUCACAUAAAGAUGAGUUAUUUUUAGAUCAGUCAUGCAGAAAAGGAAAAGGAUUGUUUUGUAAGAUUUUCAAAUUGUGAACCUUGUAGUAAGCCAGCAGGAGAAAAUCUAAUAUAAAUCAGGAAGAUUAAUCAUCUUACACAGGAUAUUUUGUGGAUUGUUUACGUUCAGGUUCUUAUGUGCACAUAAGCAAUACAUUAAAGAGUGAUCUCUUUCAGGUAAAAAGUG